CGUUCAUCCACUUUCCAAACGCGGCCUCAGGCUUCCGCUCGGUGCAUGCUAUCUUCGUCGACGGCUCCGAAUGCUACACUGCGCCAGGUGCGCAGAUUACGCAGCCUCCAUAUGGCGCGAGGCCUGGUCGUCUCUUCACAGUCCAAAACCACUUCGAAUCUCAUACUAACCUCCAUUUCUGGGGUUUCUUUACCAAUCCGUUUCAUAAAAAUCCCUUUCUCGUCAAAUCGCCGCCGCCGUGUCUCUCCCGUCAAUUCUUUUUGUUCCGUUGCUUGCUCCCUUAGCAGUUGCUCCAGUGGACGAGAUGAUGCGCCAAUUGACAUUUCGAAGUACCGAGAAGCUUUCGCCAAGAGGAUGGCCAUGGCUGGCCUCAAACCUCAUCAUCGUAUUGCUCUUGGAGUUUCUGGUGGCCCUGAUAGCAUGGCUCUAUGCAUAUUGGCUGCCAGUUGGAAAACCAAUGGCCCUAAUGCUGCUGGAGGCCAGGGAAGGGGGUUCAUUGAUGGGCUUUUGGCAAUAAUAGUUGAUCAUGGAUUGCGCGCUGAAAGUAAAGAAGAGGCCAACACUGUGUGUUGUCGAGUUUUGGAUUUGGGAAUCAGAUGUGAGAUCGUGCACUGUGUAUGGUCCGAUGGUAGACCAAAGAAAGGCCACUUGCAAGAAGCAGCUCGUGACAGGAGGUAUCAAAGUUUUCAAAAUGUCUGUAUGCAAUAUCAAAUAGGCGUGUUACUAACUGCUCACCAUGCAGAUGACCAGGCCGAGUUGUUCAUUCUUAGACUAUCUCGCAACAGUGGUGUGCUUGGACUUGCUGGGAUGCCAUUUGUCUCUGAAUUGUACCCUAGAGAUCCAAAUUCAAAUGGUGAAACUCUGAAUAAUCAUGGUAUUUUACUAGUGCGACCGCUCCUGGAGUUCUCAAAAGGGGAUAUGUACAAGAUUUGUCAAGGGGCUAAGCAAGAAUGGGUGGAGGAUCCAACAAAUCAAAGUCCACUAUUUGCUCGAAAUAGGAUCCGGAUGGCACUGAAAAAAUUAUCAUCAUCUGCUUUCAAUUCUGAUUUACAGGCUGUUAUUUCUUCAUGUCGAAGGACACGCUUGUAUGUUGAUCAUAUUUGUUGUAAUUUGAUAAAUCAGUCUGUGACCGUCAUGGCUCAAGGAUACGCUGUUAUUAGCCUGGAUAGCCUCAACCCAUCAAAGCUUGAGGACAUAUAUCUCUCAAGGUUCAUUGCCUUGAUACUGCAGUUCAUUUCACAAAGGCACAGACCUGUCCGUGGUAGUGCUUUAAAGUUGCUUUUGGAUUAUUUUUGCAGUUUCCCAUGCAAGACUUCUUUUACUGCAGCUGGGUGUUACCUUUGUCCAGCUCCUGGUUCUAAAGGCACAAAGGUCCUGGUUUGUUGUUCUGUUGAUUCUUCUUUGCCUUUGAAGAUGGAGGUGUUCCACAAACUUUCUUAUGAAGGACACGUGCAUGAUUUUCUGUGUGAGGUAUCACAGAUAAUAUCAGAUGGAAAAUCAUCUGGCGAUACCUUGAUUAUGGAUGCCUCAGAUAUCCAUUUUUUGGAUGUAAGAUCUUAUGAAUCUGUUUUAGUUGAAGCAAGAAGACUCAAAAUUCUCAGUGAGUCUACCUUUAGGAACAUUCUUUCAUUGCAGAUAGAUGAAACCAAACAUUUCAGGUCCAAAACUGAGGAGAUGUCUGAUUAUGAGUUAAAAAAUAAUGGGGAACCGGCAAGUACUUCGAUGAGCAAAGAACUUAAGCCUGGAUACAUUGGUUAUUUUAUGAAUAGAUUCUGGGUUAGUUGGGAACCAAUUGAGAGAAUUGCCUUGGACAGUUACUCCCUAGAUGAGGCUAGUGGAGACCUAGAUUUGGGAGGGGGAAGCCAGCAUUACUAUUGCAGGUCUUGUCUAGUUGGUCACGACAAGGGAGUUAAGGUGCGCCACAUGAUCGAUGCUGAUUGGUUGUAUCUUGCCAAGUUGUCAGAGUAUCAUCUAGAUGAGUCUAAAAAACAGAGAAUUCUCUACACUGAUAAAAGAGAGCAAAUGGUGGAAAAGAAGAAAUUAUGUUCAGAUUAUGCACAGUUAAAUGCAGUAAGGGCCCUCAAGUUAUUGAAGUCUGUAUCAGUUGCUGCAAGAAGAGGCCUGCCUGUACUAGUCAAUUCUCAAGGACAAUUACUAAGUAUUCCGAGUGUUGGUUUCAAGCACUGCCCCUGCUUGACAGUGUCUGCUACCUUUAAGCCAAGAGUGCCGCUUGGUGGGGGCUAUAGUUCCUUUAUCUAGCCUAGGGAAGACUGUAGAGGGGGAUUUUGACAUAUCUUGAGCCACAUAAAUGGCAUGUGGUAGAAGAAACGAAUCUUCAAGCACAUCCAGAAAGUUUUGAUAGGUAAUUUCCGAAGUAUCCAUCUUUGUAUCCUCUUAUUUCAUGUUUGAUGUUCUAUUCAUCCACGUCUGCACGCUGAUCGAGCUGAGCUCUACUGGUUGAAAACAGUUAUGUAAUCUUAGGGUCAAUAAAAUCUAAAUUCUUAGGAUUCUUAUUGCUAGA